UGGAACUCUCAGUCCCUGAAGGGUGUGUGUUUUACAGCUCUCUGCCUUGCCAGAGGACUGCAGCCGUGACUUGCAGAAGGAUUCCAGAGGGACGGACGCUACUGGAGACAUUCACAGUUCCCUGGUCAGAGCUAGCUAUGAUGAGGACCUCUAUGUGCAUAUACCACUUCCUUGUUUGGAGCUGGUAUAUUUUCCUCCAUUACUACACCUCACAACAAGGUGGGGAUCAGCAAAAACUGAACAUCUUUCUAAAGGAUGGACAGUGGAAGUUCCUGACAUUGCUUAAUCUGCUCUUGCAGGCCAUUUUCUAUGGAGUCGCCUUCCUGGAGGAUAUGCUGAAAAGAAUUAAAGGGAAAAAAGACAUUAAGUUCAUAACUGCCUUCAGAGACCUGCUUUUCACCACACUGGCUUUUCCGAUAUCCACAUUUGUAUUUUUGUCAUUCUGGAUCCUCUUUCUCUACGAUCGAGAACUCGUGUACCCUAAGGCCCUAGAUGAUAUUUUUCCAGUGUGGUUGAAUCAUGCAAUGCACACGUCCAUAUUGCCCUUCUCAUUGGCUGAAGUCAUCCUCAGGCCACAUUACUAUCUAUCGAAGAAGAAAGGACUCACCGUGUUGGCUGCUGCUAGCCUUGCUUAUGUCGGCAGGGUCCUAUGGAUCUACUCUGAGACGGGUAUGUGGGUGUAUCCUGUGUUUGCCAAACUCAGCUCAGUGGGUCUAGCAGCCUUCUUCUCUCUCAGCUACAUCCUUAGCGCUGGCAUCUACCUACUAGGAGAGAAGCUCAACCACUGGAAAUGGGGUGACACGAUGCAGCCAAGGAAGAAGAGGAAGUGAUUACAUGCCAUUUUCCAAGAACUAAGGAGGAAGAAAACAGGAAUUUUUUUCAUUAUUUUUUCUGGUGGGGGAAGGUGGUGGAGCAACGUAGGAAGGUAGAAAGCACAAGGAAUGAUAUUUAAAUUUAAUAAGAGAGUUAUGAAAGUAGCUUAAUUUGAGCACUCUUGGUGUUUUGAAAGGUUUACUGGAUAUGCCAAAAAUGACUCCCGCUGUCUCAGAAUUUGUUACCUUCGUCUGACAUCUGUGGAGGAUGAUCUGUGGUCAAAAUCUGGCCAAAGGCCAAAGAAACUCAUAAACUAGGUGUUACAGAAUGUUUAGAGAGAGAGAGGAACUCAGGAUCAUCCAGACUCUUCACUUUACAGACGAGGAUGCUGAGGACCUGGCUGAGAAGUUACCUACGUGAAGCCAAAGAGUUAGUGUCAGAACCGAGGCCAUAGCUUGUGUCUCCCAGAUCUUCUCACUCCCAGUCCUGUGCCAUUUUUUAAUAACCCUAACUUCCCGAAAAACAAGCAUUUUUGUAGGCUAGUUAUUUUCAUGGAUUGUUCAUCUAUUUUUUUUUUCCUUGAUCUAAAUAGAAAUAUAGGGAGAUGGCUGCUACUAAGUUGUCUGUCUACCUGGUAUGAUAGCAAAUUAUUUGGGACAAUGAAAAAAUAAGUUACAAAAGGUA